CAUCGAUUGUCAAAGCUCACCAUCUACCUUCUUGUCGCCUCCUACCAUUGCCCGUUCAACAUGCCCUCAAUACCACAUACAACCCGCAUACUGAAGGCAGCUGACCCUUCCGUUCGCCUGUCACUGAACAUCUACCGUUCCCCUCGCCCCGCACCCCAUCCCAAAAUUGCUGUAGUCUGUGCACACGCCAAUUCAAUUUGCAAAGAAGGCUGGGAGCCUGUGAUCUCCCGUCUUUUCUCUUCUCGUAUUGGAGAAAACAUUAGCGUGGUAUAUGCAUGGGAUGCACGUAACCACGGGGAUUCAGCAGUAUUAAAUAGAGACAUUGCAUCACUAUCCAAAUUACACCACUUCGAUUGGUGGACGGGGGCAAAGGACGCACUACGUAUCCUAGAGUUCAUCAGAUCCGAUUUGAAGGAUGAUACGAUACUCGUUGGGCUGGGACAUUCGUUUGGAGGCACUGUGCUGUCCAUGACGGAGCUUAUGCGACCUGGCACAUUCAAAGCACUUGUCUUGGCUGAGCCUAUGAUUUUCACGCCCGAGUUUUUUAUAAGAGGAUAUGGGUCAAGCGAUCCGUAUGCACCUACUCUGGAGAAUGAUAUCUUUACCAGAGGGGCAAUGAGGAGAAAGGCGGUCUUUUCGAGUCGAGAAGCGGCCGCCAAGAAUUUGGCCUCAAAGUCCUUCUUUCAGAGUUGGACCGAAGAGGCUUUGGAUACGUAUCUGACGUACGGCUUCUACCAAACAGAUGCUGGAUAUGAGCUCAAAUGCACACCUACAAUGGAAGCGUCCGUUUUCAUGGGCUGCGGUUCGACUUUAAGUGCAUAUUCUCGUCUCCAUGAACUCACUCCUCCAUCUCUUUUCUUGACUGGGGCUAAGUCUGAAUUUGCUCAAGGCAUUUAUAUUGCGAAGGAAGGUGAUAACCUGAUAAAGGAUCAACAUUUGGCAUCACUCUGCCGAGAUGCAGAGCAUGACUAUGUGCCGGAUGCCGGGCAUAUGCUAACUCUGGAGAAUCCGGAUGGAUAUGUCGAAAAGUGCGUCCAGUUCAUCCGCGCGAAAAUCUUGACCAAAGAUGUGGGAAUUCAGAGCAGGUUGUAGAUUGUCAGGAAUGUAGAUUCCUAGAUGGAUAUGGAUUACUCGAACGCUUAGAACAAAUGUAUCACAUUUACUCAAAUUAUAAAUGUCGCAAACGUUGGCGAAGAAAUGUA